AUGGAAGCAUCGAGUGACAUUCAAAUCCAAUCAAUGAAAGUCCCUCAUUUGGUUAUUUUGCCAGCCCCUUUUCAAGGACACAUCAAUCCCAUGCUUCAACUUGCCAGUCUCCUACAUUCUAAAGGAUUCUCAAUCACCGUAAUUCACAGUCAAAUCAACUCUCCCAAUCCAGCCAACUUCCCCAACUUCCACUUCGAGCCCAUGCAAGACGUCUCAAACGACGCUUUAUCUUAUGUGCCGGACCCUUUAACCGCCCUGUCCAUCCUCAACGACAAAUGCCAAACACCGUUCCAUGAUACCUUGUCUCGCUUGCUAUCAGACGGCCCGCAUGGUCCGGUUACGUGCAUCAUUGCCGAUGAGCUUUUCUACUUCACUAAGGCCAUUGCAGACCAGUUCAAGCUACCGAGAAUUUUGUUAGGCACCACCAGUGCCAGUUUUUACACCACCAUGGCGUUUUUGAGUCUUCUACAGCAAAAUGGAGUCAUUUCCAUCACUGCAGAUGCUCAGCCAAACACCCUUAUUCCUGAGACGCCGCUCAGGAUCAAGGACAUUCCAGUCUUCAGCACGGAGGGUCCAGCUACGUCUGAGCAAAUUUGGGCCAACAUACUUAAUGCAAUAAGGUCCUCUUUAGGUUACAUCAUGAACACAUUCGAUGGUCUUGAACUAGAUGCAUUGGUAAAAAUUAGACAAGAUCGUCAUCCCACACCUGUCUUUGUGGUGGGCCCGCUCUAUAAAUUCUUGCCGGGAACAUUAAACAGCUUAUUAACACAAGACUACAGCUGCAUGGCUUGGCUAGACAAGCAGGCGCCGCAAUCUGUCAUUUACGUUAGCUUUGGGAGUGUAGCUUCCAUUGAUAAAACAGACGUAGAAGAGAUAGCUUGGGGUCUGGCCAAUAGUGAACAAUCCUUCUUGUGGGUGAUCCGGCCUGGCUCGAUACACGGCCACGAUUGGGUUGAACUACCAGAAGGGUUUGAAGAGAAGACGCAAAAGAGAGGCAGGAUCAUUAAGUGGGCCCCACAACAAGAAGUUCUGGCCCACCCAUCAGUGGGAGGAUUUUGGACACACAAUGGUUGGAAUUCUACUUUGGAGAGCAUAUGUGAAGGGGUCCCCAUGUUAUGUUCUCCUUAUUUAUGGGACCAAAAUGUGAAUGCUAGGUAUGCAAGCCAUGUUUGGAGGGUGGGAAUUCAACUUGAGAAUGGGUUCGAUAGAAAUGAGAUAGAGAGGGCUGUAAGAAGAUUGAUGGUGGAGAUUGAAGGGAAGGAGAUGAGAGAGAGGGUAGGUGCUCUAAAGGAAAAUGCAAUGCGUGGUAUGGUGAAAGGAGCUUCUUCAUAUAAGUCAUUGCAGAGUUUGAUUGAUCUUAUCAUGUCAUUAUAA